GCUGUUAUUAUCUCGGACGGCUCGGAUUUUUACCUGUCAAUUAAAGUUGACAGCUACCAUACCAUGCAGGAGUCCGUUUUGUUUUUAUUUUGAUUAAUGAAAUAAUAUUUUAAAUAAAGUAAACUUUAAAAAAUAAACAUGAUUAAAUUAAUAUUGCGGCCAUCACAGAAGAUUAUCUUUGUUGGCAAAGCUUUUUCGCAACCACUAAGAAAUUUUGCAGGUGGUAUCACAAAACUUGCGAGGGGCGAGAACAGCACAAUAAAUAAUGAUUCUGAAAGUAAACCAAAGGAUAAUGUGGCUUUAGGAAUAAGUAAAUCUGUUGAGAAAAAAGCAUUAUGGGAGCCAAGCCCAUGUUUGGAUAAGGGCCAGCUAAUUGACCAGUACAAAAAACUGUCCAAAUUCAGAUUGACAACAUUGGUUGUCAUUACCACGAUGGCUGGAUACGCAGUGGCACCAGCUGCAUUUGACCCGGCUUCUUUUUUAAUGGUAACAGUUGGAACUGGCCUUGUAUCUGCCGCUGCGAACUCCAUAAAUCAAUUUCACGAAGUUCCAUUUGAUUCACAAAUGUCUCGAACCAAAAGUCGAGUAAUAGUAACUGGAAAGGUAACUCCGUUACACGCGAUGGGAUUUGCUUUGAUUUCAGGAGCUGCCGGUUUAAGUAUACUUUAUUAUGGAGUCAAUGGACUGACAGCAGCAUUGGGCCUAAGCAACUUGAUUCUUUAUACUUCUAUAUAUACCCCAAUGAAAAGAAUUUCUAUUUUGAAUACAUGGAUUGGAUCAGCAGUGGGUGCAAUACCACCAUUAAUAGGAUGGGCUGGUUGCUGUGGGACAAUAGAUGCGGGUGCUUGGAUUUUAGCUGGAUUACUUUAUGCUUGGCAAUUUCCUCAUUUCAAUGCUCUAUCCUGGAAUCUAAGACCUGAUUAUUCUCGCGCUGGAUACCAAAUGAUGGCUGUUACUAACCCUGGUUUAUGUAGGAGGACAGCUUUACGAUACACAUUUGCUCUUACUAUGCUGUCAACUUUAGCGCCAAUAAUGGAUGUAACUAACUACUGGUUUGCUUUGGAAACCCUGCCUUUGAAUGUAUAUUUCUCAUAUUUGGCUUACAAAUUUUACAAGGACUCUAAUAGUGGAACAUCACGAAAGCUUUUUCGUUUUUCGCUCCUACAUCUGCCGUUACUAAUGAUUUUGUUCCUUGUGAAUAAAAAGCGAUGGUUUUUCACAGAAACUAAAGAGGAUACCAAAAAAAAUGAAUUAGUAGAUAAAAAUGUCGGUAGCUUCAUAAAAUUAAAUUUGCCACACAUAAAUGCUUCACCUCUAGAAGCAUCACCGAAAACUGUGUAAAUACAUGUACAUAUACACGACUAAAUAUGUUCUGCAAUGACAAGUAUUACACAAAUGUAUGUAUUUUUUGUUAUUGUUCAUUCUAGUGAAAAUUGAAAUAAAUGUGAAAAACCUCGCCAGUAUGUUUAUAUCAUUGAUCAAUUUACCUGUUUUCAACUCGUACCUUACUGACAAAAGUAUCCAUUGUUGACCAUUUCUAUAAAUUGUAACCUGGCGAUUACAUAAGACAAAUUGAUUUUAAUUUGAGUUGUGUUUACUGCAUUUUUGUUACUGUUGAGCAUUAGCCAAGGGCAGGAAUGUUAAAACAAUUUCAACAUUAGAAAGAAACUAGAAAAAACAACUGAAUAUUGCUAAAAAAACAAUAUAAAAUAAUAAACAAACACAAGAGAUCAGAAAAAAACAAAAUGUAUGCUUUUCAUUUAUUAUUUUGUUUUAUUUCUUUUAAUUGUCGGAACCUUUAUAGGACAAUGUUUGGUAUUUGACAAUUAAUACAUGUGUGUUUUGUGUUUUGUAAACGCAGAGUAAGGGUUUCCAUAGACAAUGCAAUUGAGUUAAAGUAUUAAUUGCAAUAUCAUAAGUUAAAAAUAUUUUGUUAUUUUAUCUUUGUAAACAUGCGAUAGUUUUUGUCAUAACUAGUGGUUGUUGUAAAUUGUUGGAUAAUGAUGGUUAUACCAAUAUAUUUUUAAAGUGAGAAUCUAAUUUAAAACGAACUGGAUAUAAGUACUUCGGAAGCGAAAAAAGAAUCAGAUCUCCUGGGAAACAAAUCCUGUGGAAGACAAAAAAGAGCUUCACGAUAAUGGUAAGGAUAUGAAGAUGCUGGAAUUCGUACAAAAGAAAAACAAAUAGAUGAAGCAAGAUUUACAAAAUAAGUCCGUUAAACAUUUAAAAUAUAAGGUGUAAAACGAUUGUUUUGUCACUGGUGUCAGACAGGAAAAAUAUUUAUCAGCUGUGGAAAUUGAAAUGAAAAAAAUCAAUUUCCAAAGCUUUUAUACUUACAAAAAGAAGACAAACAGCAAAUGUGAAGAAAUCUGUUGUUAAAUUUGACCAACGGAAGUCAAAAGAGGCGCUUAUGUCCACAAAGCCUAAACAAAGGAUUAUACUAAAAACUUACAAAUUUUACAAGGACUCUAAUAGUGGAACAUCACGAAAGCUUUUUCGUUUUUUGCUCCUACAUCUGCCGUUACUAAUGAUUUUGUUCCUUGUGAAUAAAAAGCGAUGGUUUUUCACAGAAACUAAAGAGGAUACCAAAAAAAUGAAUUAGUAGAUAAAAAUGUCGGUAGCUUCAUAAAAUUAAAUUUGCCACACAUAAAUGCUUCACCUCUAGAAGCAUCACCGAAAACUGUGUAAAUACAUGUACAUAUACACGACUAAAUAUGUUCUGCAAUGACAAGUAUUACACAAAUGUAUGUAUUUUUUGUUAUUGUUCAUUCUAGUGAAAAUUGAAAUAAAUGUGAAAAACCUC